CGCGGGAGAACCGUAAUAAUCACGUGGCAUGCAGACUGAGGUUUCCUCAAAACAAUAAAGGUUUUGAUCCAUUUAAGUCUGGAAUGAGAGAGUGCACUCUUAGGGGGUCUCUAUUGUUUUUUUUACUGGUUAGGACCAAUCAAGUGUUAAAAUUUUUCAAAACAUAACCUUUGAACUAAAUAUUUCUGCGAAAAUGAAAAAAAAAAAAAAAACUGUCAGCAUUCCUAAACCUACAAAGUGGUAACUAUUUGACCUGCAUCUGACAUUCCUUUAAGUUUGAAGAUUGCGCUAAAAGUGUGAACAUUGUUUCAACUAUGGCUGAUUGAAAAGAAUCUCAAAGAACUUUCAUUGCAGCUUCAUCACUAAACUCACGCACGCACCGUCACGCAUGAGAUUUGUACAGGAAAGUGCGUGACUGCACGUACCUGAAUAUGCUGGCGUAGUUCCAAACCUUUCCGGGAAAGCCGUGUUUUGCGUCAAGAAAUAUUCUGUGAAAUCGUGGAAGUCGGCUGAUUUUAUAAAUUCCAGAACACGCAGCUAGCAAAGGAGAAGGAAAUUACCAUGGCUGUACCAUACUUUGCUUCGAUUAUACCUGUUAUUUGCAUUUUAACAUUGAUUCCAUCGCUCUGCGCGGAGCAGACGUGGACAAGAAAGAUUGUGGUUUCCGAGACAGGAGGAAUAGACCGCAAUAAGUGCUGGAGUGGCGCAGGGACAGCAAGUCCUUGUAGAACAUUGGACUAUGCUUUAGAACAUGUGACUAACUCUACUCUGGUGCAGCUUCGACCUGGUCAAUCACCGUUCAAUCUAAGCCGACAUUUUAACCUCACAAACUUGUUCGAGUUUGAAUUGGUCGGAGAUCAAGAGUCAAUUGCCUCCAUUGAGUGCCUGAGAAAUCAAGGGAGUCUUUCCUUUGAAAACAGCAGAAAAAUCACACUCAGAAGGAUCUUACUGCGUGGUUGUGGCGGCUUGCAUGCUAGCACGACUGGUAGUGAGUUUAAGCAUCCGCAUAUUCCGUUUCUGUCAGCUGUCUUUUUGGUCUACUGCAAGGACGUUGUCAUUGACAACUGCUGGAUAGUUCAAAGUCCAGGAAUUGGGCUGAACAUGUAUGACACAGGUGGUAAUGUCCAGAUUUCGCAUUCCCGGUUUGAAAGCAAUCAGGCGAUUAAUACAAGUUCCACGGACACGGGCAGAGCUAUUGCUGGGGGCGGUGUUUACAUGGAGUUGACCUACCACGGCGGAACAGAUCCAUUUGAUGUAAAUUCUACAGUGUUAGCUGAAUAUGAUACCAACAGCACCUUCACUUUCUUUAACUGCACAUUCAGAAACAAUAGUGCCCCCAGACAAUCGUAUGAAACAAUAGUGGAGAACCCGUCCGGGGAUGAUCACAUACCAUUUGGACGGGGAGGAGGUUUGUCAAUAUUCCUUAAAGGAAAAGCAGAAAACAAUGUUAUUUCGAUUACUGGAUGCCACUUUGAAGAUAAUCAGGCUAUGUGGGGUGCAGGAGUUUUCAUUGAAUUUCAUGAUCAGGUGCAAAACAACACAUUUGAGGUGAAAAACUGCACUUUCAUAAACAAUAGUGCACACUUUGCUGGAGGAGGUAUCAGAAGUGGAGUAACUGCUCACAGCGAUAGGCAGUUGUUACAUCCCAAUAACAUGAAGUACGAAGACUGCAAAUUUGAAAGCAACCGUGCAAUCUGGGGUGGAGGGGUAUCGUAUUAUGAAACAUCAAGCUCAAAAUCUUCUUUGACAGGUGAUGCAGACAAGCUGCAUAUAGACUAUGAAAAAUGUCAUUGGAGAAACAAUAGAGCAACGUCAGGCUCUGCAAUCGGUGUGGCCACUGGACCAGCUGUGAAUGGUCUUCAGGACUUUUCCGCUAGAGGAAUCAAGUUGUAUGUCAUUGUUCUCAAAGACUGCUAUCUCUGUAACAACUCUAUAAUCUUGACAGAAGAUGAGAAGGUUAUUGGCCAAGGAGCUAUCUACUCUUACUCGCUUCCCAUCAUUUUUAAAGGAGUCGUGAACAUCGAAUACAAUGACAAUACUGCCAUGGUGAUUGAGAAUGCACUGCUACAUUUUCUCGGUAAUGUAACCUUUAGAAAUAACAGCGGAAACCAGGGAGGUGCAAUAGGAUUGUAUGGCACAUCAGUGUUAAUGCUUAUGCCCCACAGUAACCUCAACUUCUUUAACAACACUGCUGAAGAUCGAGGAGGAGCAAUUUACGUGAGGGAUUCUGGGCCACCUGUUAUAGGUUUUAAUACAACAGAACUUAAGACUCGGCAAUGUUUUCUUGCUUACAACAACAGCUUCAGUCUGGCUAAGGUCACCGAAUGGCAGACCAAACUAGUUUUUAAGGGUAAUCGGGUGUUGGCUAAUGGCGGUGGAGAAUCUGUCUUUGCCUCAACCCUUCAGGGAUGUCGUCAAAGUGGACGACCCCGCAUAAACAAUGAAUCUCUUGAGUGGCCCAACGUAAUUCAGUAUCAAGAUUCGAACAAGACCACUAAAGAACAGAUAUCUACUGAUCCGAUCUUCAUAAAAUUCAUUGAGAAGGAGUGGAUGGUUUCUCCUAGUGAAGUCUUUGAUGCGACUCUCCAUUUGAUUGAUGAGAAGAACAGUUCUGUUUUGGGUGUUGUCAAGGUCACAAUUACAGAUGAGCAUGAAAAAAAUGAGGCUGGCAGUGUCAACCUGGGUACAGCUUCCCAUCUGUUUCUGGUGCAAGGGGAUUCUUCGAGAAUUAACAAUUUGUACCUUCUUGGAAAUGUUGGUAGGCCAUUUAAAGUUGACAUUGGCACAGUUGUGGGUCGCGUUACGCACACCUCUUCUAAAGGGAAAUUGACCUUGCAGCGCUGCAAUGUCGGCUUUGAACAAACUGACAGCAAGACCUGUUCUUGUAUCUCAAGUACUUUAGAAUCUGGUAUUGCAAACUGCAGUGCCAACUUCAAGGAUGUGUUCUUGAAGAGAGGAUACUGGGGUGGAACAGUGGAAGAUAAAUUUAGUACUUACCCAUGUCCAACCCAUUACUGCAAUUUCUCUAAAGGUGAUUCAUUCUUUCGAUACGAUGCUGAAACAAUGUGUACUGUUGGCCGCAAUGGUACAAGUGUUCUCUGUGGGGCAUGCAAAGAUGGCUACUCUGUGAAUCUCGGGAAUGAACAGUGUAGACAGUCGUGUUCAAACAGUCACUUAUGGCUUACAGUGGCAUUCUGUUUGGUAACACCUCUGUUAGUGUUGAUUGUAUUUCGGAUUGACUUGGACAUUUUCACAACAUAUCUUAACACUUGGCUCUACUCCUAUCAGACAAUUUUGUUUCUCUUGCGAGAAGGACAAUACCUUGAUCCAUUCAUCUCUUUUGUGAUUGGUGUCGCCAACUGGGAACUCAGAGUUGGUGGAACUUGUCUUUACAAAGGAAUGACUAAUCUUCAAAAACUUGGGGUAAAUUACAUUUUCCCCUCAUAUGUUCUUCUUCUGCUUGUGGUUUUGGCCAAAAUUGCAAGACGUUGCCCUGGUUGUUACAUAAACAGGACUGUUUCCCAUGCCUUCUGUACACUGCUGGUUCUCUGUUACACAAAUGUCACAAUAAUCUCUUUCAACAUUGUCCAUUAUGUGCAUAUGCAAGGAAGAUGGGUACUGUACGCAGAUGGUAACAUUGACUUUGUAAGGGACUGGAAAACACACUUACCAUUUACCAUCAUCGCCUGUCUGUGGAUUGUUCUUUUUGUCAUCUUUGUACCACUGCUGCUUCUGUUUACCCCAUGGUUCUUGAGGCGUUUCCCAUACUUGAACAAUUUCAGACUGUACUUUGACACUUUCCAAAGGUGCUUCAAAGUCACUUACAGAUGGUUUGCGGCAUACUACUUCAUUUGCCGCAUUUGCAUUCUGAUAAUUGCCUUGUACGUUCCAUUUUCGCCCCUGAAGAGAUGUUUCCUGGAUGUGUCAAGUAUACUCAUUGUUGUGAUGUGCCUGUACCUCCAGCCUUACAACGAACAGUACCAGUGGUUCAACAGGCUUGAUGCUGUUCUUCUUACCAAUUUAUGCUUGAUCACAAACUUCAGUUCAAGCAUUGUUAGUGAUGCAACAUCGUCUGUCCGUGAUGGCCUAGAAAACAUUGUAAACCUCUUGGCAUACGUACCUCUUGUUUAUCUGAUCGGUCUUGUCCUGUACCAUGGUUGGCAAUACUGCUGUCCAAAGAACUUUCUUGAGGGCUAUAUUACAGCAGAGCAAAGGGCAAGGUCUGAUUCCAUGUCUGAAACUGCUGCUCAAGCUUUUCCUGUUUAAUUUAAUAAUGUGUGGUUCCAGAAAAUAUCCAUACCUCUCCCAUGGAAGAGAUUUUUUCUAAGACCUGCCCCCCCCGGCCCCCCAUAUCAACCCUCUAGAAAUUCCAAUUAAUCUUCAUACAUUUCCUCAAAUUAUUUGGUCUUACAGAACCCCCUACCCCCCAGGAAAUUCCAAUCCCUUCUGUGGGGGAGCAUGGAUAUUUCCUGGAACUGCACAAUAAUUGAAGUGCUGUUGUGGGAGGUGGGGUGGUCAUCUGAUGGUUGGUGUACACACGGGACUUUGAAUUGAGUUCUCCAUGGGCACUGAUCCAUACUGGUUUCCACUGUCUUAUGGAAAUUGGUCAGAUUUUUCAGAAUAACUAAGCAACUCAGGAAAGGGGAGUUUAGGGAGUUAAAGUCCAAACAAUUCCUUGAGAAGCAUGGCCCCUUACCAUCUAAAAAUGAUAAAAAAGAGAUUCAUGGUUCAUGCUCAUGCUAGAAACUUGGGCAAAGAAUGAGAAAGUUCUUUAGAUCCUUUGAAGGUGUCAGCAGUGGUGAGGUAGGUUUGUUUCAAGUAAAGAUGAAAAAAAUUCAACCCUGCUGGAAGCAAACCUACAAAAAAUACUCUGACAUUCAACUUCUAAAGGUCAAUUACCUUAAAUUUACUUUACACGAGAUGACAGACAAGAAACUUUCUCAAUAAGAAAAGAAAUUUUCUCGAUUCUUGCAGCAACUUUUGAGCGACUUUUUAGGAAAUGUCGGCGAAAGUUGUAAUUUAAAAUUUUUAAGCUUCAGUUUGUAAUUCCGCAUAGUAAAUUGUAGUAAUGUAGAUAGAGGACCGGCCUAAUUAACUUAGUGUCGACUUGGUGAUAUCCUCUGUAAAUAUUGCUUUUAUUAUUAUUAUUAUUGUUAUUGUUAUUGUUAUUAUUAUUAUUGUUAUUGUUGUUGUUAUUGUUAUUGUUAUUGUUAUUGUUAUUAUAAAUGUAGAGCAACUUGUGGAUAGCCCUUCCAUAUGAAAACAUAAAAAAUAUGUACUUUUUUGAUAGUUAUUUUGUUGAGUGUUUCUUAUAUAUAAUUGCACAGCAUUGACAAGAAAAUCAUUGGCCAUAAUAAAAAGGAGCUUUCUGAUUGGUUACCUUGGUCCUCUGGAUUUUGCAAUAUGACUCAAUAGGAAGUAUAGCUCAUGAAUAUGCUUUUGUGCUCUUGUUGUGCAGGGGAAAACUGUUUUCUUUUUUGUAGAAACUUUUGGAGCGUUAUAGGGAAUGUCUGGCCAGCAAUAGUUUGGUUCAGAGUCAUGAAAAUUGGGCUAAAAAUGCAUGUAUGUGCCUGAAAGAUUUCGAAGUAAGGUAAUUUUUUUUUCUUAAUUAUGUCAAUAAAAUGAUUACAUGGCAUCCGUGGUGAGGGGAGGGGGGGGGGGGGGGGGGGGGGCACUCCCAUAUGAAAAGGUCCAGGAUUCUCGUUGUCUUGCUCAGUGGUGUAAAUCAGAGAUUUUCAUCCCACUCGCAGUGUUCGGGAUGAAAUGCCACUCGUUUUAGCAGCUGAAGUGUCUUUUAGGAUUGCACGUGAAGAAAUGAUUUCAUUUCUGUUUUAAGUGGUUUCUUUUGUGGGUUUUAAUUCCAAUUUUCCAUUGAGCAUCCUGACCUUUUCAUAUGGGAGUUCCCCUCCUGGGCAUGACAUGCAUAAAUGAUGUAGCACUUUGCAUGCGUUGCAGUCCCAUAUGGUACUAGAUAAUAUUUUAGUUUCUGUUGACUAUAGGGUUACUUUGCCUCCAUGCAAAUUAAUCCUUAUUUUGUGUGCCCAUAGAACAGCGAGUCAUGCUUAUAAUAACUGUUUUAUAUGAUACUAGAUAAUAUUGUAGUCUCUGUUGACUAUAGGAUUACUUUGUCUCCAUGCAAAUUGAUCCUUAUUUUAUGCACCCAUAGAACAGCGAGUCACGCUUAUAAUAACUGUUUUAUCAGAAGCUUGCAUUUUUAUUGUGAAAAAAGAAACUAUUAGGAACUGCUAGCAUGAAAUUAGUCUGUCCACAGACCCUCUAUUCUGUUUUGAGUUGGUCAAGAUCACAAGCUUAGCAGAAUAUUAAUCUGGUGUGUGGGAUACACGUGCUGAAACCCGUAGCAGAAAGAUAAAUGUUUGUGGACAGACUAGCAAGAAAUUAUAUAUAAUUGGAAGUAUUUUACAUUUUUAAUGAGAAAAAAGGAAAUACAUAGGAGCUGUUAGCAUGAAAUUAUAUAAAAUUAGAAUUAUUUUUUUAUUAAAAGAGUAUUUUCUAAUUA